UACGCGGUGGAGGGAGGCUGCCCGAGUGUGAAGUGCAGCGCCGGGCGUCCUCCUCGUCGGGGUCUUCGGAACAGGGGCGCGGGGCCUGGAAAACACUACGGCAACCACUACGGCCAGCUAGGAGUGCUGGUUCGAGAUGGGGUCCCAGGUGUCCAUGGACGUGAGAGGUGUGCACGUGGUGAUCGUGGGCGGGGGCUUCGGCGGGAUUGCGGCCGCCAGCCAGCUGCAGGCACUGAAUGUGUCCUUCACGCUGGUGGACAUGAAGGACUCCUUCCACCACAACGUGGCUGCCCUCCGGGCCUCCGUGGAGAGUGGGUUUGCCAAAAAGACAUUUAUUUCCUACUCGGUGAGCUACAAGGAAAGCUUCCGGCAGGGCCGGGUGGUUGAGAUCAACCUAAAGAAUCAGACGGUAGUGCUGGAGGAUGGCGAGGCGCUGCCCUUCUCACAUCUCAUCCUGGCCACCGGCAGCACUGGGCCCUUCCCCGGCAAGUUGAACUGGGUUUGCAGUCAGCAGGACGCCAUUCAGGCCUACGAGGACAUGGUGAAGCAGGUCCAGCGCUCGCAGUCCAUCGUGGUGGUGGGCGGCGGCUCUGCGGGAGUAGAGAUGGCGGCGGAGGUUAAAACGGAAUACCCCGAGAAAGAGGUCACUCUUAUUCACUCCAACGUGGCCCUGGCCGACAGGGAGCUCCUGCCCUGCGUCCGGCAGGAGGUGAAGGAGAUCCUGCUCCAGAAGGGUGUGCAGCUGCUGCUGAGUGAGCGGGUGAGCAACCUGGAGAAGCUGCCUCUCAAUGAGUAUCGAGAGCACAUCAGUGUACAGACAGACAAAGGCACGGAAUUGGCCACCAACCUGGUGAUUGUCUGCAGCGGCAUCAAGAUCAACAGCUUUGCCUACCACAGUGCGUUUGAUAGUCAACUGGCCAGCAGUGGCGCCCUGAGGGUGAACGAGUACCUCCAGGUGGAGGGCUACAGCCACAUCUAUGCCAUCGGCGACUGUGCCGAAGUGAAGGAGCCCAAGAUGGCCUAUCACGCCGGCCUCCACGCCAACAUCGCCGUGACUAACAUUGUCAAUUCCAUGAAACAAAGGCCCCUCAAGGCCUAUAAGCCAGGUGCACUGACGUUCCUCUUGACCAUGGGGAGAAAUGAUGGUGUGGGCCAGAUCAGUGGCUUCUACGUGGGGCGGUUCAUGGUUCGGCUGGCCAAGAGCCGGGACCUGUUCAUCUCUACAAGCUGGAAAACCAUGCGGCAGUCUCCACCCUGAUGAGGAGGCCGGGCGGGAGACAAAGUACCGCUGUUGCCAGGUGAAUGGAUUGCGUGACAAGUGGUACCCGCCUUACAAGUGCCAAGGACACUUUUUCUGGAGUAAGAUGCCAGGGAUGUACUCACCAGAAACACAACUUACAGAAAACCAAAAAUGGAGAGAGCAUGAGCGCGCGUGCAAGAGAUUACAAAGACACCUCACUAGAGGAUUCUUUCUGGGUUUGGAAAGGUCUGCUUGCCAUAUUCUGACCGAAUGUUUCACUUGGUCCCGGGAGGGCGGAGCUGGCCUUGCCUACCACAGGCUCCUCUUGGAUGUGUACGCAUGGGCGUGGCACUCAGAGCUCAGCACAGGGAGAGGGCUGGGGCUCCUGAUGGCUGGCAGCCUGUGUGGAAGGGCAGAAAGGAGGGCCUGCUAGGUGAGGCCAGCCAAGGAAGGGGAUCUGUGCCUCAGUCUCCCCCAUCAUUUAGAGGGUGGGGAAGCCCACACAUCCUGCCACACUCAGGUUGUUAAUAAGAGUCUGAUUUAAAACUCUUAGUCCCUACAGUCUUUAAUCUUAAUGAAACUUUCUUUAUUUCCACUUUUAGAUCCUGAUUCUAUAUCAUAGGUUAUAUUUAAGAAGAAUUUAAUAUCUCCCUCUUGGUUAGUCCCUUCUAACAGUGAGUUUUUACAAAGCUAACAGAAGUGUAGACCGGAACCGGCCUGCCAGCCGCUGGAGGUGUUUAAGGAAAGGCAGCUGAGCUAAUGUGAGCUUUGGGUGGGCUGCCAUCUGGUUAACAUUCAGGGAGCAGAUGGGGGCUUCAGCAGGCAAACCCCUGCUUUUUGUCACGGGCAAGUUUGUAAGUGACAAAACUCUGAUGCUGGGGGACCCUUGGUGGUUUCGUGCUUCUGGUUUCUUGGCCAACCCUAAUGCCACUCAUCUGGAGACCCAGCCAUGGGGCAAUAAUGCCUGCCACCAAUUCUACUAAGGUAUAGAAAUGACUCCUGUUUGGGAGAGCCCUUCUCAUCCAGAGGAGCCGGUUCUGGACCACAUUAAGUUAAGCCUCUACAGGCUGGGUGGCUGAUGAAUUCAUCUGAAUAAACUCAGGUUCUGCCACCCGCCCUGCCCCUCCCCGCAUACUUUUGAUGGUGGUGUCUGGAUACUUGGCCAGAGUCCUUGGACACCAGCCUUGCUGGGCUUCUCACUGCAUUCCUUUUGGGCUGUGGCCUGGGCCUAAGAGGGACAUGUGCGUCUCUCCCAAAGCAUGGCUGCCCCUGCGGAGCUUCGCCCAGGUCUGCGUUCUGUGGACCAGGGCCUGCCAGGCCCCUCUUCUGCCUGAAAAACACAGGCCAUUUUGUGCUGUCUGACCUGGGGCGUAGCAUGGCGGGAGUCUCAGCCCAUCGGAGACAGACCUUGUUCUAUUUAUAACAUUCUAGACGUGUCCACCCAUGGGGACAGUUUUCCAAACGGACGAAAAUGUUGCAAUAAAAGAAUAUGCUGUAAGAAA